AUGUGCGCCCUCGCAUCCUCCGCAUUUCCAGAAGAGUUCAUCGACUGCACACUGCUCUUCACCGAUAUUGUCACUUUCACAAACAUUUGUGCCAUGUGUACUCCGUACGAUGUUGUCACUCUCCUAAACGAUCUCUAUUUGCGAUUCGAUCGACUCGUCGGCCUCGUAAGUUCUACAGUAACCCGGGGGGACUACAUUUCCAGAAGUUUUCUGAAAUCUAGGCCAGAGAUGUUGGGAAUUCCGUGUUCCGUGUUCCGCGUUUUUUUCGAAUAUUUUUUCCGUGUUCCGUGUUCUAUAAAAAAAAAAUUUCCGUGUUCCGUGUUCCAUGUUCCGUAGAAAUAAGUUUUUUCUGUGUUCCGUGUUCCGCGUUUUUUUCAAUAUUUUUUCCGUGUUCCGUGUUCCGUAAAAAAAAAAAUUUCCGUGUUCCGUGUUCCGAAAAAAAAAAUUUCCGUUUUCCGUGUUCCGUGUUCCGUAGAGUAAAAUUUUUAUUCCCAACAUCUCUGAUCUAGGCCCCAGUCCUAGUUACCGUAAUUCGUCUCUCUCUCUCUAUUAGCACGACGCCUACAAAGUGGAGACGAUCGGCGACGCCUACAUGAUUGUCGGCGGUGUGCCCGAACACUGUGAGAACCACGCCGAACGAGUGCUCAACAUUUCUAUUGGUACAGUAGUAUUUCUACAGUAGCUCUAUGUACAGUAAUACAUAUUUUUCAAGGAAUGCUCAUGGAAUCGAAACUCGUUCUCUCGCCAAUCACUCACAAACCGAUCAAGAUUCGACUCGGCGUGCACAGUGGCCCAGUCGUGGCGGGGGUGGUCGGAAUCAAGAUGCCGAGGUGCCGCAAUUCUACCGUAAUCCUACCAUAGGCCACUUUCAGAUAUUGUCUGUUCGGCGACACGGUGAACGUGGCGAACAAGAUGGAGGCGUGCGGAGUUCAGUGCAAAAUCCACGUGAGCGAGACGGCCCGCGCGAACGGGCUCAAGGCCAAUCCGAGUUAUGUGUUCGUCGACCGCGGAAACACCGAAAUCCGGGUACCGUACACACGUUGUCGCUUACUCUAGUUUUUUGCUCGUUUCUCAUUUUUCAGGGAAAAGGAAUGAUGUACACGUAUUUCUUGGAGCGCAAUGAUCGCAAAAGUGUGUGGGAGUUGUGCGCGAGGCCGAGAUGUAAGUGGAAGAGGAAAUCCUUGUUGGCUAGAGUUUUAGGCCAGAUAAAGUCAAAAUCUCCAAGAAAUCCGGUUCAGUUUAGUACCAAGACACUUUGGGCCAUCGCCUCAGUCUAGCCUGGUGGUCUAGAAUCCGACAAAAGGUAUAUAGACGGAAAUGAGAAAAGAGAGGCAUAAUUCUCUCAUGAAAACGUAGUCUCACUCAAUUUCCUAGGUGGCCUAGAAAUCUUCUAGGCCACGCGGCCACCACUUUCUCUCUUUGUUUUCAGCCGGCGAGCAGACGAUAGACGGCUACAUGGAGCUGCACGAUCAGACGAUUUAUCAGGAAGAGGGCGCGAAGGACACUCUGACAGUGGAGAACGGCGCAUCGGCGGCGAAUCACAAUAACAAUCAUCAUUCGGGACGGAAAUUGGUAAGAUAUGAUCGCUCGGCCGCGCGGGUCUCGACACGAAGAGCCGCGUAA